GCUCAGCAUGCCGCAGUACAAACUGACAUACUUCAACCUGCGCGGGAGAGCAGAAAUCAGCCGCUACCUGUUUGCCUACUCGGGCAAGACGUACGAAGACCACAGGAUAGAAGCAGCUGACUGGCCAAAAAUCAAACCAACUAUCCCGUUUCACAGACUCCCAAUUCUGGAAGUAGAUGGAGUUAUCAUUCACCAGAGCCUGGCAAUGGCAAGAUAUCUUGCCAGAGAAGCAGGUCUGGCAGGUCAGACACCUGUGGAACAGGCACUAGCUGAUGCCAUUGUGGACACCAUAGAUGAUUUCAUGACGCUGUUCCCUUGGGCAGAGAAAAACCAGGACGUGAGAAAAAAAGCAUUUGAUGACAUCCUCACCAACAAAGCACCUGAGCUGCUGCAAGAUUUGGAUACUUUCUUAGGGGAUAAGAAGUGGCUGGUAGGGAAUUCUGUAACAUGGGCUGAUUUCUACUGGGAUGUGUGCAGUACAACACUGCUGUCCUGCAAACCUGACCUGGCAGACAAACACCCCAGGCUUCUGGCUCUCAGAGACAGAGUGCAAGCACUUCCAGCUAUUGCAGCCUGGAUCCAGAAAAGACCAAAGACUGUAAUGUAGAUCAGCUGUUUAGACUAGGAAAAACAAAUGCAUGUUUGUUUUUCAGUAUGUGAAGCAGCUUAAGUUAUUAACAUAAUAAUCAUUUCAAAUAACUUCAGGCAGGUAACACUAUAUCAAAUCAAAAUCUAUCACUUGUAUC